AUGUUGAAGUUAGUUUUCCUAAUUUCUGUCGCUAUAUCCGUGUCUUCGGGUCAGGAUGCGUCCCGUCCUAUUAUAACAACAACUGGAGGUCAAGUGCAGGGAGUGACGGCCAGCUGUGGUCUGUUUUGCAGUUACUUCCAAUUCAACGGCAUUCCAUAUGUUGAAGCUCCAGUUGGCGAUCUACGAUUCCGAAAUCCAGUGCCACAUCGAGGAUGGAGCGGUGUUCGCGAUGCUAGUGAACAUGGGAAUAACUGUCCAUCACUAGGUAUCAUCAGUGAGCACUUAGGCGAUGAAGAUUGUUUGUAUCUCAAUGUUUACACGCAGAACAUAGUCGGCUCUCGGCCAGUUAUGGUAUGGAUACAUGGAGGUGCUUUUGUGUUGGGAUCCGGCGAUUCCAGUAUGUACGGUCCUGAUCAUCUGGUUCAAGAAAAUGUGGUGAUUGUUUCUUUCAACUAUCGUUUGGGAAUUCUCGGAUUCUUCAGUACCGGUGACACACACGCUCAAGGAAACUGGGGUGUGAAGGACUGCGUGGAGGCUUUGAGGUGGGUUCGCGAUAAUAUUGCGGCCUUUGGCGGAGACCCCAACAAUGUUACGAUUUUUGGAGAGAGUGCAGGAGGUGUACUCGUACACUUUUUGAUGCUAUCCCCAAUGGCCACAGGAUUGUUCCACAAGGCAAUUGCUCAAUCUGGAACCGCUUUAGUUCCGUGGGGAUUCCAGUACAACGCACGAGAAUUGGCUCACAAUAUUGCAGAUGCCUUUGGCUAUCCACACGACAGUGCGGAGCUAACUCGGCUUCUGCGAUACACGCCGAUUGCAGACUUCAUCGCUCUUCAAAGGUCAAUAACAGACAUACCAAUUCCACGUGGAUUCAAGCCCUUCGAGUACGUGCCGAGCGUUGAGCCUGUCAACUCUCCAGAGCCUACCUUCCUCACUCAACGUCCAAUUGAAGUUCUACAAUCUGGUGCAUACAAUCAUGUCCCGUUGAUGAUUGGUUACACAAGCGCCGAAAGUCUUUUCAUGGUUCGAGAACACCUACUGGAUUCCACUGUUUGGAAUGAAUUUACUCGCAACCCGCACUUUUUCGUACCGCAUUUCUGGAAUAUUCCUGCUAACACUCCGGAAUCGAGUGCAGUCAGCCAAGGAUUCCGCGAUUUCUACUGGCAAGAUCGUUCUCUUGGUCCGGAUAUUAUGGCUGAGUGGGCCCAAUUCCACACAGAUCAACAAUUCAUCUAUGCUGUAGAUAAAACUAUCGCCUUGACUGUCCAAAAAAGCACACAGCCAACUUUCUACUAUCAAUUCAGCUUUGACGGCGACCUUAAUCUAAUGAAACGAAUGUUGCUGCUAACCGACUUCGCAGGAGCCGUCCACGCCGAUGAGCUGGCCUAUUUGUUCUCUAUACUGCCAGUAUCGCCUAUUCUACCAAGUAACCAUGCAAACGUCGUUCGACAGCGCAUGGUUCGCUUGUGGACCAACUUUGCCAUCACUGGAAACCCAACACCAAUUUCCGAUACACUUCUGCAACACAUCAAUUGGAGCCCGAUACAAGGAAGUGCAAUGGCCUAUCUGGAUAUCGGAGAAGACUUGGUCAUGUCCAGUAAUCCAAAUCAAGCGCGCAUCAACCUUUGGAGAUAUUUGGAGGACCGGUAUGCAAACGAUCCAUUUUUCUAUCCAUAUUCGUAA